AUGGAAAGUUUUAUUGGAACUCUCGUUUGGAUGGGUUUGUGUCCAUUUUCUUCAAUCGAGGCGUAUUGGUCCAAAUGUGUCGUUUACACCAACAAAAUAAAAGACAUCAUGUCUCGAAAUCGUUUCCAGCUGCUUCUCAAGUCGUGGCAUUUCCACAACAACGAAAUACUGACGGAAGAUAGAUUGCAGAAAAUCACUCCUCUGACAAAUCUGCUGAUCAAAAAUUUUCAAAACGUUGUUAUUCCGAAAGAGCAUGUAUGUAUAGACGAAACUUUAGUGCCAUUUCGGGGGCGUUUGAGUUUUCGCCAAUAUAUAAGCAACAAAAGACAUAAAUUUGGCAUCAAGCUUUAUAAACUGUGUCUUGAAAAAGGAUACACAUAUAAUUUGCAAGUAUAUUGUGGAAAGGAUAAAGUACCCAAUCAGUCUUCUUCAGAAAAAGUCGUUCUUUCUUUGUCUGACAAUCUGUUAGAUAAGGGGCGUACAAUUUACACCGAUAAUUAUUACACCAGCAUUUCCUUAGCGCAUCAGUUGUUGAAGAGAAACACACAUUUAGUUGGAACGCUGAGAACUAAUAGGAAAUUUAAUCCCAAACAUAUAACGGAAAAGAAAUUACAAAAAGGUGACACAAUUGCCGCCGAAAGUAACACAGGUAUAGUGAUUCAAAAAUGGAAAGACAAGCGAGAUGUUUGUACUUUGAGCACAAAACAUACCGCUGAAAUGAAAACAGUCAGCCACUUCGGUAAAGACAGUCAAAAACCAAUAGUUGUAACUGUUUACAACAAGCACAAAUCUUACAUAGACUUGUCAGAUCAAAUGAAGUCUUACACCACUUCGCUACGAAGGGGUGUAAAAUGGUAUCGCAAACUUGCUGUUGAACUGAUUGUGGGUGCUGCGGUGGUAAAUGCUCACAUUCUACAUCAAGAGGUAGCUAAUGAAAAAAUGUCGAUCACGAAAUUCAAAGAAGAACUUGCUCUGAAACUAACUAAAAUAGACAUUCGUCAUGACACAACGCACCAUCAACAAGCCGAGCAUGUGUUAGAAGAUGUAGGAACCAAGAGUCGCCCGUUAGUUGCUUUAGCCGGCCACUACAACGUGUAG